AGUUUGCUACGCAGAACCAUCUGAAUCACGCUCCCGUAUAAGGGAUUGCUCGGUUCUUAUUCAGAAAUAAACUAAACAUUCGUAGUAGUCGUAAUGGAUCGCUGGCAAAAUCGCGUUGCUGUCGUCACCGGAGCCAGCUCGGGGAUUGGAGCCGCAUGCUGCAGGGAUCUGGUGGCCAAGGGCAUGGUCGUGGUGGGUCUGGCUCGCCGUGAGGAGCGGCUGAAGGAGCUGAAGGCAGCGCUGCCGUCCGAGCAGUCCGCCCGCUUCCAUGGCCGCAAGUGUGACGUCAGCCAGGAACAGGACGUUGUCGACACCUUCGCCUGGAUCGAUGCCACGUUGGGGGGAGCCGACGUUCUCGUGAACAAUGCCGGCAUCUUGCGGCACGCGGCGGAUAUCGUCAAGGAGGGCAACGGCCCCGAUCUGAGGGCCAUCCUCGACACCAAUGUGCUGGGCGUGGCCUGGUGCACGCGCGAGGCCUUCCGCUCUCAGCAGCGGCGCAAUGUCCUCGACGGACACGUGGUGAUCAUCAACAGCGUGCUCGGACACCAAACACCGGUUACGAGCUUCAGCCUGGGCAUGUAUGCCCCCUCCAAGCAUGCCGUGACUGCGCUGACCGAGGUGCUGCGCCAGGAGUUCCUCAACAAGAAGACCCAGACCAAGAUCACGAGCGUGAGUCCCGGCGCCGUCGAUACGGAGAUUCUCGACAAGAGGGUCCUCGAACUACUGCCCGGUCUGCCCAUGCUGCGCUCAGAGGACAUUGCCGAUGCCGUCUCCUACUGCAUUCAGACACCACCCAAUGUCCAGAUCCACGAGAUGAUCAUCAAGCCCAUUGGAGAGUCCGUAUAAGGUCUCUGGCACCUAUCUACGUGUAUGCAAUCCUGAUAUUAAACAAACCUAAGUUUCGAUUA